AUGGUUGCCCGACUGCAAGACUUCAUAGAGUCUCCCCGGUCAUGGAGAGCUCGAAAAAACGACCCCCCCUAUCUUGUGAUACUUGCAGAUGCUCCAGGAUCUGACUUGGUGAAGAGUAUCUCAGUGCGCUCCUUUUCUAGAAUUCCAGCCAACACAAACCUCAUCCUGCUCUUUCAAGACAAUGACCGAGCGAGCGCAAGUUUCCCGAUUGAUGGGUAUACGUGGAAAAAGGUCGAUGCACUAAUCAAAACGAUCAAUACCCGGUUUGAUGAGACGAUUCGGAAGCGCAUCAGCCCUGAAUUAAACCGCAUGGUCUGGAUAACAAGUCGCCAGAGAGACUUCAUUGACGAUGAAUCUCUGGACAAUGAUUUACUUCGCGUGCUUUCAAAGCCCUUUGAAAUCGCUAUUCGUCGCUUGUACGACGCCAUGAAUAUCUCGUUUGUCCCACAAGUCCCUUCCGUAGGAUCUACCAUCUCAACGACAUACUUUACACAAGCACAGCCAUAUGAAAAUGUCAUUGAGGCAUCAAUGCCUUCAGCAGCCUCGGUACUUGCAUCCGGAGGAGAGACCAAACCCAAAUACCUGCCAAAUAUGCCAAAAGGGGCGCCAGGCAAGACAAAAUGGAAGGAUCUCAGAGACCAGGCUGAGUCGCGCCUCGAAAGCGGAGACAACAAACACGCCCUUGCAAUGUUCCAAGAAUGCCUCAGAAUGGACAUUCCAUACAACACCGCCAUUUGGGAAAUCAAAUCAGGCCUAGCCUUCGCUCGCAUGAUGCUGGGACAAUAUGUGCAAGCAGAGAGGGAUCUACGCCAGUUGCGAGAUGACCUCAGUGGGUUUGAUGACCAAUACCUGAAACCGAGCAUAACAAACGCCCACGGCGCUAUAUUACUUAACCAUGCUCUUGCUUUGUUUCGAACCGGCAACUACAAGGAAAUGAAGUACUGUUUAAAUGAGAUCAUACUGCCUGACGAGUACAUGCCACUAUCUUCGAAUCAACCCAAAGAGAAAAUAAAAUACUACAAGCUUUCGGCUUCUGUUUGCAGACUUCGAGCUCUAGUAAUAGCUCAUCAAGGCUUUCUUCAUGCCCCGAGGAUCAAAGAGGAGCUAAAUGCGGCGGACAACUGGUGCGAGAAGCUCGACAAUCUCAAGUCCGAGACACUCAACGUAGUUGAGACUGGGCAUGAGUGGUGCGAGAAGCUGAUAUACAUUCAAUCAUCUGAGGGUAUCAGGAUCUCCAACAUCCUCAACAAAGCCCGUAUUGACGUUCUUCGAGGGUGCUAUCAUCAAGCACUGUUAAUUCUACAGCCAGCCCUGAGCGAUGCAAUAGUCAAGAUAGGCGAGACCAAUCUCCUGACUAUUGAAGUUGCACUCCUCAGUUCCUUUCUUCAAGUCGAGACGGGGCAAGUUCGCCUAGGGAGGAUCUCGUGUGAGCGAUGCGCCGAAGUGAUAGAGGAAGCCUUUGGAAAUGAGCACCCUCUGGCACUAGAGGCAGAGUUUAUUUUAAUCUCUGCGGCGCAGCGCGAAGGAUUCCUGACGCUUGCACUGGACGAUUCCGGUUCUUUAUGUCAACGUGCCGAGUCCACCGCUGAUCUGGGACACGGCCACCCUUCGACUCUUAAGUACAAGAGCCAGCUUGGAGCGCUGCAUAUUGAGUGCGGUAACUAUUCGACAGCUAAGAUUAUUCUGACUGAGGUCAAAAACAACGCAGUAAGCCUUUGGGGGUCUGAGCACCCUGAGGUGUUGAGAGUCCUGUCUCUGCUUUCUCUGGCCCAAUAUCACUUGGGAUCCCUAGAGAUUGCCGAAACUGAGAAUUUUUCUGUACUGUACUGCCAACUUCAAAAGUAUCUGUGCUUCCAGCGCGAUAAACUUUGGUGGAAAGGUGAUUCGAACGACGGGGUUAUAUUCUUCCUGAUGGACAAGCCAUCGCUGCUGCAGGGCAUUGAAGACGCUUUCGCCGCAUCGGACUCGGGAGUCGCAGCUCAUCCUGAUAUCCUGUAUACUUUACUAACGUGUGGGAAGAUCUUGACCAGGCAACCCCGUUCAGAACUGGACCUGGCACUCAGGGUCCUGGGGCUGGUACGUGAUGCUGGAAAGAAAAGCCUGGGGCGUUUCCACCCGCUGCCACUCAUGGCUUGUCUGUCCAUCGGAGAAAUCUAUUCGACAACGGCAAUGGUAAAGGCAGACGACACAGAACGCCGUGACCUUUACAGGAAGGCCAUGUCGUGUUUCGAUACUGUUAUUGGGGACGAAACCCCAUCGUCGAGGUGUACUGGUGAAGAAGACGCAGAUCAACCUGACCUCGCAGUGCAUCUAGAUAGCGAUCAUCCCAUCAUUCUACAUGCGAAGCAAGAAUCUAUACUAGCAAAACUACUUGCCUCCGAGUUCGAAGACGACACGACACAGAAUAUGGACUACAGCGGCGAGCUCAACGACAUUUUGGCCGCUCAGCAGAGUCGUCCGGGCCGCACUCAUCGCCAGACGAUCAAGACCUUGCUGAAAAUCUUAAUGCUUGAGUUAUGCCUCGAAAGUCCUUCAAUUGAAACUGUGACUGAAAUUAUAUCCGAGAUCAAGUGGAUUAUUCGGAAGACGGAUGCAGAGAACCAAAGAUUUUUGGAAUGUUUGCUGUUGCGAGAAAGGUUAGCAGGAAUCCUUUCAACCUGCCAAGAUAUAUUCUGGAAGGAUUACGAUGAUAUAACGUCGAUCGUCGACAGGCAGAUUAAGGGGGCUGGAGUGAUAGACGAUGGUUCGCUGAGACAGGCUGUAGUAAGGGUUCAGGACCGAAUGUUUCGCAUGUCAAACUAUCAUGAUUAG